AUGUAUGAGAUCGCAGAUUUUUGGGGUGUCGUUAUCGCCCCACUAUCGCCUCUAUCGAACCGAGCCGAGCCGAAGUGGACAAAGCUCGAAUGUGCUAGUCUAGCACGAUCGAUGCCUCUGCAAAAUACUGCCGAAAAUACACAAACCAUUACACCCCCAGACUACCAUUACACAGGCUUACCUGGCACGCUGGCAAAGACCCUACCAUUUCCCUUCCCACGAUUCGCUGAUAGUGCAGCUGGCCACGCCGGUUUUACAGGACCGUUCUAUUAUAUUCAGCCUCAAUUUAUUGACAUAUCGGUCGGCAUAAAUAUGCCGAACUUAGCUCGAUUCAUUAUACUCCAUGAUCCAGCCUGCCUGGGAAUUGUAGAAUCGAAUAACCUUGGCCUUGAUAACCUUAGCGUAUAUGCCUACCCUGGCACUCCAAAUCAUACCGCUAGCCGGAAGCUUUUUAUUGUCGUUGGUUCGAUUUUCGAAGACAGGAGUCGACGUCAGGGUUUCGGUCCUCAACAUCAAAGAUAUCCCAACAUGGGAACAUACUACCCAACUCGACAAUUCUACUGCUCAACACUAUUACCAGUACUUGAGACGAACUAA